UCUUUAGCUAGUUUCAAAUUAAUCUCUGCUGCAAAGAUGUCUACCAGUGGAGAACUCGCUUGCACUUACGCCAUCAUGAUUCUUCACGAUGACGGAAUUCCCAUCACUGCUGAAAAGAUUGCAACUUUGGUAAAGAAGGCCAAUGUCCAAUGUGAGUCUUACUGGCCUGGCCUCUUUGCGAAGUUUACUGAGAAGAAGAACGUUGAAGACUUGAUCACCAACGUUAGUGCUACUGUUGGUAGUGGUGCUGCUGCCGUUGCUGUUUCUGCUUCCGCAGGUGGUGGUGCAAAAGCUGUUGAAGCUCCUGCUGCCGAGGAGAAGAAGAAGAAGGAGGAAGAGAAAGAAGAGAGCGAUGACGACGGUAUGAUUAUGAAUCUCUUCGACUAGAGGGCAUAUUGUUACC